AUGAACAAUCACACAUCGUUUGAAAGUAAAAAUCAAGUGUUGCGAUCAAAAUCCUCGUUUCAAACUCACUCGUUGAAAACUGAAAAUAUUCGUGCAGAGAAAUGUGAUAAGGACGAUCAAUAUCCAACAGAAUCGUUUUAUGUUUUUAAUUCGAAUCUCCAUCUGUUGUCAUCUUUAGAUUUAUUAAACAAUAAAGCUUUACGAUCACUUUAA